AUGGAUGAGGAGCGGCACCCGAUCUUGGCCAUCCAAUCAGCUACUGGAAGUGGCAAGACAGUCGAAAUGCUAAGGAUUUCCGCUGUCUCAGACGCUACACCCGAAGACGCCGCCUCUUCUGCAAGAAAUGUGUCCAUCCGGAACGGACGGUCAAUCGGACAAGGACAGGAUGAAGUACUGGAUCGCGAAGAUAGUGAAUUCUACGAUUGCUGA